UGUUUUUAAGGCUCUUGAACAUCACCAAACUACCUUCCAGAAUGUUGUAACUAGUAUGACACAGUGUAUCUAGUGUAUGAGCCAACCUCACAUUAUAUCUUUUUUCGUCUUCUAGUUAUUAUUAGUAUUGAAACAAAAAAUCUUGCUUUAAUUUGCAUUAAAUUUUUUUUCCACUGAUGUCUUGUGACCCAUAUAUUUUAUUUUCCUAACUUGUAAGCUGCUGGAAGGAGAAGAGUGUAUUUCAUAUUUGACAUGCUGCUAAUCACAAAUGGCAGUGAAUACUUGCCAUUUGGCUAUUAAUAUUUACCUUUUUGACCUCUGGAAGAUUAGGAAGUGAUGUCUUGCCUUUUUUGUCUUAUUGAGUUUACCAGUACAUUGCUGGCAACGUAGGGUCAUUGUGAUUGAUUCAUUAGAGUACUCCCUUCAUGUGGGGGACUCACUGCUCUUCUCAGAGAUGUCUACUAAAAGGUCCAGUGACUUCUCAUUGUUCAACUGCUACAUUAUCCGAGAGCUCCAUCCAGUUUUUAUGCCAUUUAUCACAAUAACUUAAACUAUUUCAUUUCCUUUAUUCAUUUAUCUAUCUUGUAUAGAAUUCACUUACAAAUUUCAUUUUGAUCAUUCUAGUUUCACAGGUAGCCUUUACUGGGUUAUUAUUUUUUUAAAGCCUAAUGUCUGAAGUUUCUUUGUUUUAUUCACAUUGUUCUUGAUAGUCCACCAGUUAUUGCCUAUAACAUCUUUUACUGCCUUUAACCUACAUAAACUUUAUAUGUAUCUGUACUUUUUAUUUUCCUUUAUUCAGUUAUUUUCCUCUCAUGUCCUUUUGCAUUUGUCUAUACUGUAUUAGAUUGUGAAGGAGGCAGAAAUCUGUUUCUUUUGGUUUUAGAAUUGUGUUUAGGAUUGUUUACUAGUUGAGUUCCUCAAGUUAUAAACUGCAAGGAAUGGGGCUACUUGCAACAGAAGUGACCGGUAAUAGGGACUUUGCAACCAAUUUACUGACUUUAAAGCAUAUCAUCUUCUACCUCUAUCCUAAAGUCCUGACUGUAUUACAGUACUUUAAUGGAAUGCUGUAUAUAGGGAUGACCCCAAAUUAUCAAUACAAUCUUACAUUACUUUCUGUAUUUUAUCUUCAAUUUAGAAAGGCAAGGAGGGUGUAUCAUUUACACACGAUUUCUUUUAAUUUUUUUCCUCUUAAAUGUUGUCUUAAAGAGAGAUUUCUAUGAACUGUGCUCCUUAUUCCAUGUAGGAUAAGUAAAAAACCAAAUGUUAAUAAAAAUGGUAAUAUUGUACUUGCCUGUAGACAGUAUAAUGAAAAUCUGAAGACCAUUCGUAAUGAAGGUUUUUAAUACUUGAUUCGUAAUGAAGGUUUUUAGAAGCAUGUUUUAUUUCUACACACAUGUGGCAGUUCUCUAUAAGUAUUCAGAAUUGGGAGAAAAUUCAUUUAUAAUAUUGAGGUUUUAUUAAUAUUUGUAAUGCACCUUGUAUUUAUUGUCUGUUUCCAGUCCUAUAAGUCCAAGAAUUCUCAAGCAUGUUUUUCAAGGUUUCCAGUAAUUAUCUGCAGGAUUCGCCAUGACCCCAGCUCUGAGGGAGGCAGCAACAAAGGGUAUCUGCUUUUCAUCUUUACCAAGUACCAUGGAGUCUGACAAGAUGCUAUGCAUGGAAAGUCCAAGAACUGCAGAUGAAAAGUUAAAGGAAGACACUUUGUCUCAGAUGCUGGGAUUUCCAACUCCUGAACCUACUCUUAACACUAACUUUGUGAAUUUAAAACAUUUUGGCUCCUCUCAGUCGUCAAAACAUUAUCAGACGGUUCUUUUAAUGAGUUCAAAUUCUACAUUAAAUAAAUACAAUGAAAAUUACAAACAAAGGAAAUUAGGGGAACCUAAUUGCAGUAAGCUGAAAAACAUACUGUGUAAUGGCAGCAACAUUCAGCUUAGUAAAAUCUGUCAUUCUCAUUCUGGAGAGUUCAUCAAAAAGGAACCUCUGUCAGAUACCACAAGCCAGUGCAUGACAGAUGUACAAAUUAUUUUGGAUUCAAAUACAACCAAAGACAUUAAUGUAGAUAAAGUACAACUACAAAACUGUAAAUGGUACCAAAAGAAUGCACUUUUGGAUAAAGUUACUGAUGCUGAAGUUAAAAAAGGUUUAUUGCACUGUGCUCAAAAGAAAAGUGGGCCUGGCCACUCAAAUGUGCCUGUUGGUUUCUCAGCUGCUGAAAAAGAGGAAGAAGUGAAUGCUCGUUUACUUCAUUGUGUAAGUAAACAGAAAAUUUUACUUAGCCAGGCUAGAAGAACUCAGAAACAUUUGCAGAUGCUCCUGGCAAAGCAUGUUGUUAAGCACUAUGGUCAACAAAUGAAAUUUUCUAUGAAACAUCAACUCCCCCAAAUGAAGAUCUUUCAUGAGCCUACCACAAUUUUGGAUAGCAGUUUACCUAAAUGCACUGAAAUUAAGCCAGAAGUCAGCAUGUUGACUGCAGAGAAUAAAUUGUGGAGUGAUACAAAAAAUGGCUUUGCACGGUGUACAGCUGCAGAAAUCCAAAGAUUUGCACUGUCCGCUACAGGGCUGUUGUCUCAUGUUGAAGAAGGUCUGGAUUCUGAUGCAACUGAUAGCAGCUCUGAUGAUGAUUUGGAUGAAUAUACCAUUAGAAAAAAUGUGGCAGUUAACUGUAGUACUGAAUGGAAGUGGCUUGUAGACAGAGCAAGAGUUGGCAGCCGAUGGACAUGGCUUCAAGCCCAGAUUUCAGAGCUAGAAUACAAAAUUCAACAGCUAACGGAUGUUCACAGGCAGAUUCGUGCCUCCAAGGGGAUAGUGAUCCUAGAAGAAUGUCAGCUUCCAAAAGACAUUCUGAAAAAACAAAUACAAUUUGCUGACCAAGCGGCUUCAUUAAAUACGACAGGGAAUCCCCAGAUUCCCCAAGAGAGUCAAGAUCCUUUACCAGAACAAGAUUUUGAAAUGUCACCAAGUAGUCCUACACUUCUUCUUCGCAACAUAGAAAAACAGAGUGCACAGUUGACGGAAAUCAUCAACAGUCUGAUUGCCCCUCUCAACUUGUCCCCAACUUCAUCACCCCUAUCCUCCAAAUCCUGUAGCCAUAAAUGUCUAGCGAAUGGCAUUUCCAGGAGUGCUUCAGAGAAUUUAGAUGAGCUCUCUUCCUCCAGUAGCUGGUUACUUAACCAGAAGCACAGUAAGAAAAGGAGAAAAGACAGGACAAGAUUGAAAUCUCCAUCCUUGACUAUCAUGAGUACAGCAGCUCGAACAAGGCCACUUCAGAGUUUCCACAAACGAAAACUCUACCGAUUGAGCCCUACUUUUUAUUGGACUCCACAGCCUCCCGGGCUUCACUUUCUCUGCAGGGAACAAAAAGGCCUUUUCCUAGAUGCCCCUCACUUUUCUCCAAAAUUAUUUAGGAUAGUUUCAAAUUGGCUAAUGGGUUUCCUGGAGUUGGAAAAAAUUCAAGAAAAAACUAAUUAUAUGACUUUGCCUUCAAAAGAAACAACAUUUUUAAAUACGACGCAAAUGCCUUGUUUGCAAUCAGCUUCAACUUGGAAUAGCUGUGAACACAAUUCAAAAUCUCAGAUAUUAAGAGAGCAUGUAUCAGAAUUGGACUCUUCUUUCCAUUCUGUCCUAUCAUUGCCAUCAGAUGUGCCUCUUCAUUUUCACUUUGAAACAUUGCUAAAAAAGACUGAAAUAAAAGGAGAUCUUGCUGAAAAUAAAUUAGUAGGAGACUGUGUCAUAUCUCCAUCACCUGUACAUAAUACUUCUCUGAAUCAAUGGAGAAAUGGAUAUUCUCCUACAUGCAAGCCUCAGAUAAGGUCAGAAUCUUCUGUACAGCUGUUCCAGGGAAGAAAGAAAAGACACUUGAGUGAAACAGCAUUAGGAGAAAGAACUAGAUUUGAAGAAUUUGCUUUUCAACGCACAGAACCAGGAUCCCAUAGCAAUUUUACUGCUGUUACUAAUGUCAAUGUUAUAUCAAGAACCCAGAAUUCAUCAUCACAAAAUACUGCACGACGAAGAUUGAGAAGCGAGAGCUCUUAUGACAUAGAUAAUAUCGUGAUUCCCAUGUCAUUAGUUGCCCCAGCUAAGUUGGAGAAACUCCAAUAUAAGGAAAUACUUACUCCAAGCUGGAGAAUGGCUGUUCUUCAGCCUCUGGAUGAAUAUAACGUAGGUGAAGAGGUAGAAGAUCUUUCUGAUGAAGUCUUCUCCCUAAGACACAAAAAAUAUGAAGAGAGAGAGCAAGCCAGAUGGUCACUAUGGGAACAAAGCAAGUGGCACAGAAGAAACAGCAGAGCUUACAGUAGAAACGUUGAAGGACAGGACUUGCUCUUGAAAGAAUACCCUAACGACCUUGGUGGUGGUCAGCACUGUGCUGCCGAGAGUCCUGCCGAGCCUUCUCCGCAGAGCCAGGAUCUGGGCACACGGGGCUCACCUUCCUUAAAUCAAAGUCAAGAAUUCAAGUCUUUGUGGUGGGAACGACGGACUUUUCCACUGAAGGAUGAAGACACAGAAGCCUUACUAUGUCAAGAUGAAAAAAAGGAUCUUAGUGAAAGUUCAAGCCCCGUUUUCCGUGGAGAAGUCUUCUGUACUAGUGCACCAGAAAACGGUCACCAUCCAAAAAGGCAGACAGAUGAAAUGGAAGAAUGCAAACCUUUUGGUCUAGGACUUACUCAUGUUAAAAAAAACAGGUGACAGGGAAAGGUUAAAAAAAGUAUGUAACUGAAUGGAAAGCAGGAGGAAAAAAUAAGCCCUGUUCUCCAUCCCCCACCCCCUCAGCCACAAUUCCAGAGUAAGAGCAUGUACUGCAUGUAUUAAUCUUUUAUGCUGUUUUAAAACAGGCAAGGUAGGUCUCUUUUUCCUUGAACCACAGGAAUAACUAGCUUUUCACCUACAGACAAGUGCUAGUCGUUUGUGUUUAUGAUGCAAAUCACAAGCACCAGAAAAUUAACUGCUGCAAGCUGAUGUUAAAUCGUAUUACUGGGUAAAUAAUUUUUAAAAGACUUCAUACCCACACAUAACAUAUGUACACACACAGAAACACCUGUGCAUCAAUGAUCGCUCUUUUUCCUAUACAUUUCUAUGUAAUUUCUAUGGUAAUUCAUUAAAAUUGCCUCAAAUAUAUGCCUUUGUAUAUGGGAAUAUACAAAUAUGUGUGUAUAGAGUAUAUACACAUACAUGUACACACACGUAGUUUUAAAAAACACUGGCAGUGACCACUCCACUUGAAAUGCAUGGAUGAAUUAUCCCAUGGAAUGUAAGCUGCACUGUAAAGCACAGGUUCCCAGUGACUAUGGAGAUUUUAAACAUGUUUAACCAAAAGAAGUUAUAUAUGGAAAUUUCUAUACCAGAUAACACAAUAUGCCUUUAUUUGAAAUCACUGUUAUCUGUUGGACUAAAUUCAGAUCAUCUUCUAGUCACUCCUAACAGAUUAAGACAAGCAAAGCAGAGUUAAAUAUUGGUCUAAUUUUAAAACUUGAGUUUUAUCUAUCCUAUGUAUCUCAUAAAGAGAAGACCCCAAGUGAAAAUGAGCAACAAAUAGGAAAGUAAAAAAUGUUGUAUUUCUAGUUAAUUUGGUCAUUCCUUACCAUUAGCUUACUCUAUCCAAACAAGCAUCUAUUCUCAUGUGUAUGCUAGAGUGAGAAAUUUUUUUAAAGGAUAGUGCUUCAGUACUGAAUACAGGAGUAUACAUUAAAGAAACUUCUUGAAACUAUUACAUAAUUUUUUUCUAUAUAAAAGUUGAGGACAAUUUAUGAAUCGCUUUCUCUCAUGUAAAAAAAAAAGGUUAUUUAAGUUAUAGUCCCCAUAUAACUGACAAUCCUGGCCACCUGGCCUAGUCUGGGGGACUGACACCAAGUUUUUGUUAGGGAUGGGGAAUUCUACUAGUCCCUUUAAGGAAGGAAAAAAAUUCAAAUUCAAAACUGACAAAUUUUUGCUUGUAGUUUUACUGUACAUUUAUUUUUAAAAAAGAAAACAAAAGCCAGACAAACCCAAGUUGUCUAGGCAAAUAAGCUCAAAUCUUUUUGUCAUGUCUGACAUUAUAAUCUUCUAUGUAAGUUUUUUAAUUAAAGUUAUUUCUAUA